UACCAUAUCAAUCAGCUGAUCAGUCCAAAAAGUAUCUGAUAACGAUAUCAAAUAUCAAAAUAUUAGAGAAUGGGUCUGUGCAAUUGUCUGUGAAAUUGCUUGUCCCAAUAUUGAAUUAUUUACUUAUUUCAAUGUUUUUUAAGUAAUGACGUUUUUCUAAAUUCCCACCAUCAUGCCAGAUAAUGAGUUAGUGCCACAAUCGAAGGAAUCACAUAAUGACUUGUGCCUAGAACCACCCGAGUUACCAGCCUUGCCAGUGGAGGUCAUCACUCACAUUUUGAAAUUUUUACCAUACUCUGACCGAAAAUGUGCUGGACUAGUCAAUCAUCUGUGGUUAGAAGCGUCUCUAGAUCCUUGUUUUGUCUGGCGGCAAGUGGUCAUUUUUGACCAUGUCACACUUCAAGACAACGCGCCGCCUUUGACUAUCAUCAGGAACAGUUCAAGACUGUAUCACCAUUUCGUCUUUACAGAUUUGGAAAUAUGUCAGAAGAUGUCUAAUUUUUGGGAAGAAAGGGGUCCUGAAAUUCAUUCCUUAGUAAUUAAUAGAUGUGAUAUUGUUGAAAGACAAUUUGUAAAUAUACUGAUGGCUUGUCCAAAUCUGGAAACAUUAGAAUUAGAAUGCUGCAGUGAGCUGCUAAUGUCUGGAAGACUAUUUGAUGAUGCUGCAACAUUGAGUGCUUUGUCAGGCAGACUGGCCAAGUUAAAAAAUCUUAAAAUUGUUACUAAUCGUUAUUUGUCGGAUGCACUUUUCAAUAGAUUUAUUGCCAUCGCUCCAAAUGUUGAAAUGUUGUCUUUAGCUGUCUGUCCAAUAUCAUUUCAUCCUGGUUUAUACAAAAAAUUUUACUCUAGUCAUGUCUUAGAAAAAGAGGAGGCUCCCUCAGAAAAUGUGUUAACAUUCUGUAAUGUGCUGAGAUGUUUAAUCAAGAGAGCACCGACAAUCAAGAGCCUUGAUUUUACCUGCACCCUAGUGGACAGCACUGCAUUAACAGAGGUUGCAGCUUUACCAAAUCUCAAUUUAGAAAGUGUCUCUCUAGUCACUUGCGAUCAACUCAGCAAUUCUGGAAUUUUGGCCCUGACACAACACCAAAAGAGCCUCCGAGUUUUGGACCUGAGCAGUUGUUCUCGGAUCACCGACGUAGCACUUAUCAGUAUUUGUGACUCACUGAAGAUGUUAGUGGAACUCAGCGUUCGUAAUUGUCGAGCCAUAACGGAUCUUGGUGCUUCUAAUUUUUGGAAACUUACAUCUUUGGAGAAACUGGAUUUUUCUCAAUGUGAGUCAGUCACAUCAGAAGGUGUACAAAAUGGCUUAUGCAAGAAUCAAAACAAAACAUUGAAAAGUUUGAAAAUGGCCUCAAUGAGUUUAGUAGAUGAUCAGACUAUAAUCAAACUCGCAGAAUGUCUACCGAAUUUGGUUCAUUUGGAUUUAAGCUAUUGUUUCAAUGCAGUAACAGAUUUAUCAGUGCAAGCAAUUUUUCAGCAUCAAAUAUGGCUCCGAGUUCUUAAACUCACUGGCUGUGAUGACGUAAGUGAUGCUGGAUUCACCGGAAUGAGCGUCGCAACAUCAAGUAGAGUUCCGGAGGUGGAACAUCGUGAUGAAAAUCCGCUACGAAUAUCACUUGGCAGUAGAGCUGAGGAGGAAAUUAUGAAAGAUGCUAAACGUAAAAAAGCAGUUCAAAAAAUGUGUGAGCUGAACCUAUCAGAAGUUAAAUCUCUAGCCAGAUUAAGAGGUCUACGGGAGUUGAAUCUGAAUGGUUGUAACAAAAUUACUGAUGUAAGCCUUGAAUAUGCCUUCAAGUUUCCAGAGCUGCAAAUUUUAGAUUUAAGCAAAUGUCAACAGAUCACUCACCAUGGUCUCAAAUUUGUUGGCUUGCAUAAUCCAAGUUUGGAAGCCAUAACUCUUUGUGAAUGCUUUAACUUGACUGAUGAAGGAGUGGUCUUACUUUCAAAAUCAUUACGAAGAUUAAAAACUCUCAAUUUAGAGGGUUGCAAGCAGCUAACAGACAGGAGUAUAGAAUCAAUCAUUGAUCACUGUAAUAGUUUACAAAACCUCAAUAUUCGGCACUGUAGCAAAAUGACGUCUCCGAAUGUGAGCCGCCUGUCCUCCAGUAUGCAUUCUUUGCAGACACUUUUUGCCUCUCCACAAAGCACCUCCUCUGAUUUUCAGUGCCCAACUCCUCCACCGAUUCCUUUUGGCAAGAAGUUAUAGCAAUUAAAGCCAUGGCGCAGGAAAACCCGAAGACGCCAUGAAAUGAUUUGACAACGCUAUUUUGCCGAAGAAGGUUAGAACAAUGGAUUUUACAUCCUCUGCCUUUAAUUAAAUUAAUAUAAUGGAAAUUGUUGGAUUUUCUGUGUGAUCAUUCUCAAUUCCGCUGUAUUACACCUAGCUAUACAUACUUGCAAGGUAUAGCUCACCUGUUUUUUUAAGCUUGCAAAACAUGGAAUUAAAGUAUAUUUGUGGUUUAAAUUGUUCCACAUACCCAUCUGUGAAACAAUAAUUAGAAAGGUAGUAUGUGUAUUAUUGUCAACCACCGACAAUUCUAUGAAAUUCCCUUUCUCUAUCCUAACCUUAUUUUGUUGUUAUUUCUUAUUAUUUUGAUCAAAAUGUUAAAUGUAAUUUUAUAUAUUUAAUCAUUUAUUAAGUUUAUUAAAUGGUAUAAUUUUUCCAAGUUACCGCCCUAGGCCAAGGACUUUUUUGAAGUUUUCAAGCUGUGUGAAAUGCCCACAGAAUAAUUUAAUUUGUGUUCUUUUGAACGAAUCAUUUGCAGUUUUAGUUGAUAAGUGGUAGUUUUCUCUUGUUAGUCAAGAUGUCCGUCAAGUAUUUCUCUUUUAUUGUUACUCACGUAGCUUUAGGAGAAAAGUAACUUUGAUGUGUUAGAAAAGGACUAAAUGAUGACGAAAGAGGAAAUACAGACAUAUUUACUCAGGUAAACUUGACACUAAAAAGACACAAACUACCUAAUGAAGAUGGACAACUCAGAGAGUGAGUAAGUACUGAAGUGCCAGUGCGCUUGGACACCACAGAUGUCACACGGAAAGAUUGCAGACUGGGCAGUAGGAUUACUACCAACAAUACACCUCCUUAAUCCUAUAAUGUGUGAUAAACAAAUGAUUAAAGAGAGGAUGAAACAAAAGAAAGAGCUCCUUGUAGGGGCCUACAAAAUUUUUCUUGGUUGCUGUAUGUUUUCACCGCAAAAGUCAUGCUUAUUUUGUUUAAAAUUUUAGUUAAAACAUCUGCAGUCGUAAGAUCAGUUGAUAAGUAUUCAUGCAUUAUGACAUCAUUAUUGGUGGCUUCACAAAUGAAAUGAAGACGUAUAUCAAUGUGUUUGGCUCUAUUAUGAACAGCUGUAUUUGAUGCCAAUUUUCGGGCACUUUGAUUAUCAUUCAAAGUUGAAAUAUUAAUACUUCUUUUAACCUUGAACACUUCAUGAUGUAAAUUGUAAAAUAAUACUGCUUCUUUUAAAGCUUCAACUAUACUCGUAUAUUCUGCUUCAGUUGGCGAUAGGGCAACUGUCAACUGUUUUUUGUUGCACCAUGAGAUUGAAGCAUUAGCAAAUUUGAACAAAUAUCCAGUGUAUCAUCAGCAUAGGCUGUAAUGUGCGUAUCUGUUUUCUUGAAGACAAGACUGAGCUCUUAAGUCCCUUUCAAAUAGCGCAAUGUAAGUUUUGCAUCUUACCAGUGAAUUGGCUGAGGGCAGCUAUCAAACUGACCAAGGAAGCUGACUUUAUAAGCUAUAUCAACCUGCAACUAAGCACAUUAGUGCUCCAAUAAAGCUUUCAUACGGUAUAUUGGUCAGGUCCACAAUUUCAGUCGGUGAUUUAUCCUUGUCUUGCUCCUCAGAUUUUUUACUAUCAUUUUAAAGAGACAUCAAAGGUGCAGGUAUUGAUUUUCUCUCCGACAUGUGGACACUUUCAAAGAGUCUAAGAAUAUAAGCUUUUUAAUGGACAAUAAUUUGCACCAAUUUGCCCAUUUCCAUUUAAUAGGUUUCCUAUCUGAGGGACGAUUGGCAAGAGUCCAUGCUUGGUCUCUCAAGAAAGAAUCAUACAGAAUCUUCUUUUACAGCUAUUUUCCAUUUAAAACUAUCAUCGCCAGAAAGGGCUUCUUAAAGAGUUUUUGGCUCUCCAUUAACCUCACUUACAGAAUUAUACUAAGUUAAACACAACUGAUCAGUAGGCAGGAAAAUUGAAGCCGUUAAAGCGUCAUCUAUUUUAUGAGUGGCCCCUAAAUAAUUGUUCACCCGCCCCAUCUCUUUCCAUCAUCUCUCAAAAUUCUUCAUUAGUUGAUUGCCCUUUUCUACAACAUGUGAGGUAACUUUCUUCUUCAGUACCUAUAAAGGAGGUCCACAGCUGUUGAAGUCUAUUGUAGGACUUUUUAAAACGCUUUGAAGGCUCAUAUUCUGCUAGUCUUCAAUUUAGUUAGCUUUUAUCAAAUGUAGCCCUAAGCAUUAAACUUAUAAAACAUCAACUGUGGCUAUGUGUGAAAAGAAUCAAUUUUGUACUUGUCUAGCUUAUUUUUGUACAUUGCCUUUUAAUAAUGUUCCAUACUUUGUCAAAAAAACUGUCAGUGUUUUUACGGAUUAAGAAUGUUGACUAAAUGAAAAACACACCCCUUUACUGUAACAUCUGAGAAGGCGAGAAAUAAAAAGAUGGGAGCAACAGCAGUAAUUUUGCACGUAAACUUUAAAAUCAUAUAUCAUAACAUUUCCGCUCCAACUUUAUAUCUUUGAUGAAACACGAAUCAAGUUUGUCAUUUGAAAUUUUCAGAGUACUUUUCAAGCAUCCAAGGAAAA